CAACACCAGACUUGGUCUUCAGAAAGCAAUAAAUAUGUAUUUGGGCUCUGGCCGAUAAAGUAUAAGCCUCAAAGCCCACUGGACAACCAAGCUUAGCUUCAUAGACCUGGAAUCGAAUCCGGUCGACGAGUCAUUCGUAUGAACUAUAUGAAGUUAACAACUGCCCAAGACUCGACCUUUACCAGCGUCCUCCCCAGGUUCGAAGCAAAAUGGAAUGUAGUGAGCAGAGUAGAUGCAGAGAGCUGGCUAAAGCCUCCACCUUUUACCGUGCUGUGUACUCUGAGAUUGAGGAAGUUGGGUGGGAGCACCUUCUGAGAUUUGGUGGAGAUCUAACGUCUCUCAGCUUUCGGGUCUUAGAUAGUAAGGACAGAGUGCAUGUCAUGGAGAUUCAGUUGGAUAAAAACCAUCCUGCCUCUCCCCCUUCAAUUUCAGCAGAUAUACCUUAUUUGUUUAAUUUAAAAUGGUCAUCAAACUCAAGAUUGAAGGACGUGGUGCAACAGUUCAGAAAGCAUCUGGAGAAGCUACAGACAUUUUGGUCUACUUUGGAUGAUAUUGAUAGGUCCCUUUGUAUUGUUGAUCCUAAACAAACCUCUCCUGCUGUAUCCAACCGCCAAGUUGUUAUAGGAAAUGAUUGCUCCAUUGUGUUGUCUAUUAAUGCCACUGAUCCAAGAUCUUUACCAGAGUGUCGUUUUAUGGGUUCAGGUCAAAUCGUGAACCUUUUAAGAGACAGAUGGCGGAGAAAGAGCAAAACAUGGACAAAAGACAAACAAUUUCUGGAUAAUCUUGAAACUCUUCUGGAGAUUCAGCUGCCAAGGCCCGUAGAUGUUGACAAGAAUGAUCAGCAGGUGGAAUGCGGAAUUUGUUAUGCUCAGAGUCUUCCCGUCGAUGAUGAGCUCAGAGAUAGGAGUGGAACUGGGACUGACUAUACAUGCGAUAACACCAGCUGCAAGAGGGCUUUUCAUAGCAUAUGUCUCAUGGACUGGCUGUGUUCCAUUACCACAACAAGACAGUCAUUUGAUGUUCUAUUUGGAAGUUGUCCAUAUUGUUCAGAAGCAGUUGCAGUGAAAAUCAAUAGUGUGAAGAAGUAAACUAGGUCUUCCAUACCUGCUAAUGUGCUCAUUUCCUGUACAUGUCCUUAAAGUCCACAGGUGGUCAGUUCCUUGCCCAUACUUGGAUUUAUGUCCUUUCUAUGUAUAUUUGUAGCAGUGAGGAAAUGUACAGACUAAACCCUGGAAAAUCUUACUUUUAUUUUUAAUCAAAGGAUCGAACA